UUGCGCCGGUGGAUCUGUAGGCGUCUGUAUCACGAUAUUGCAUAGAGGAAGUAGUUUGGCUUCAUAGAAAAAUGUGCAUAUCUCUCGAAUUAACUCCAAUACGUAGUUAAACCAGUCCAAGUUCUAUUCUAGUGUGCAAAUAAAAUAUUAGACUUUAUGCGAAGAUUCUUUCAGUGCUUUAAAAUCUGUUUCUGUUCGGUUUUUCCGAUGAUUUCAAUUAUUUGUGUGGUCGCGUUACUGGCUCUGAGUCAAGUAGCAAAUUGUCAAGACGAUGAAAUUGAGCAAUUGACAUUAGAAGAAUGUUUCGAUAAAUACGAACGAGGCAUAUACCCUCAUCCAUCGGAUUGUACUAAAUUUCUGUCAUGUGCCACCACUGACCCCAUCGAUUGCCCAGCUGGACUUCAUUUUAAUCCAACAUCUUCGGUAUGUGAUUGGCCAGCGGAUGCCGGUUGUAUGAAAGUGACCACGCCCAAUCCAGAUCAAACUCCAGAACUACCAGAAAGUACAGAAAGUCCAAAACCACCUACUCCAAAAGAUUCCACCGAUGCACCACCAUCCGAACCCAGCGAACCAAAGAACACUUCAAGUCCACCCGAGGAUGCAUCUGAUACACCGGAUAAAACAAGUGAGUCUCCCUCACUAAAUCCUUCCGAAGCACCUCAAAGUACGCCAUUAGAUCAAUCCUCCAACCCCACAGAACCACAAAAAACUACUCCUAAUCCAUCUGAGUCGAGUGUGCUUAGUGACAGUACAAAACCGACACCUGAAUCAUCAGAACCGAGCACACCUAGUGACAUCACUAAACCAUCUGACUCGAGUACACAGUCGGACACAUCUAAACCCACCGAUUCAUCAGCAUCUACACCUCCAUCAUCUGAUCAAAGCACGCCUAGUGAACCUUUAGAAUCACAAGAACCACAAAGUACGUCUCCUGAGAGCUCUAAAGCUAGUACUACACCAGGAGAACCUACUUCAGAGUCACCGGUAGAAAGUACUCCUAACGAAACUUCUAAACCAACAGAGCCACAGGAGUCAUCGCCUAAGCCAACCGACGAGAGCACUCCUAGUGACACAUCCAAGCCUUCAACACCAGAAUCAACUGAUCAAAGUACACCGAAAGAUUCGUCUGAACCAACCAAACCAUCAGAGGAAACAUCUCCGGGAGCAAGUACACCAGAAGAAUCAAAACCAACUGAUAAAUCUACCACUCCUAGUGAGUCUUCUGAACCGACACAACCAGAGCAAUCUUCGCCUAAAGAAAGUACACCAAGUGAAACUUCUAAACCGACGGAAUCUCCAGAAUCUUCACCUCAACCUACAGAAGCAACUUCACCUGAAGCAUUGACACCUAAAGAAAGCACACCUAGUGAAUCUUCUGAGCCAACUGAGCCUUCACAAGAAUCUUCGCCUAAACCUUCAGAAGCGAGUACGCCUAGCGAUAGAUCCAAACCUACAUCGCCUGAAGAAUCAACGCCUAAAGAAAGCACGCCUAGUGAAUCUUCUGAGCCAACAGAGCCUUCACAAGAAUCUUCGCCUAAACCUUCAGAAGCGAGUACGCCUAGCGAUAGUUCCAAACCUACAUCGCCUGACGAAUCAACACCUAAAGAAAGCACACCUAGUGAAUCUUCUGAGCCAACAGAGCCUUCACAAGAAUCUUCGCCUAAACCUUCAGAAGCGAGUACGCCUAGCGAUAGUUCCAAACCUACAUCGCCUGAAGAAUCAACGCCUAAAGGAAGCACACCUAGUGAAUCUUCUGAGCCAACAGAGCCUUCACAAGAAUCUUCGCCUAAACCUUCAGAAGCAAGUACUCCAAGCGAGAGUUCUAAACCUACAUCGCCUGAAGAAUCGACGCCUAAAGAAAGCACGCCUAGUGAAUCUUCUAAGCCUACAGAAGCGACUCCUAGCGAAAGCUCCCAACCAGCAAGUCCUGGUGAAUCUACACCCAAACCUUCUGAACUCAGUACACCUAGUGAUCUUGAAAAAACAGAACCAGUCUGCACACCAACAUCGCCUGAUCAAAGCGAAUGCGUUCAACCCCCAGCAACUGAAAAACCGCCCUGCGAUCCUAGUAAAGACCCGCAAUGUGCCGAAGUACCAUCGGAACCAACCGAACCGGGAUUGGUCACCAAAGCGCCCGAGGAACCCAAGCAACCAUCACCGGAAGAACCGACGGAACCGGGACUUGAAACUGAGGCUCCUAGUCCUAAACAAGAGUCUCCGGCAACAUUGGAAAGCAGAUUUAAGGAAGAAACCAGUGCACCUCCAGACACUGAUAAGGAACCAGUUACACAACCUGGACCAGAAAGUCUCAACUUUAAACAAUGCAUCACGAAGUACAAAUUCGGCAUCUUCCCCAAUCCAUCUGAUCCAACGCAGUUCUACAUCUGUACCAAGACCGUUCCACGAUUGAUGACAUGUCCUAAAGGGUUGGAAUUUGACCAGAGCUCCUUUGGAUGCAACAGGCCUAAACCUACACCUCCACCACCACCACCAGAGUUGACCCUGAAGGAAUGCAUAACCAAAUAUAAAAAAGGUCUGUUCCCCAAUCCGUCCGAUUGCAGCAAAUUCUACGCCUGUUCCAAAUCGGGACCUCUGGAACUCCAGUGUCCUUUGGGACUGAACUUCCACCCCAUGAAGAUGGUGUGCGAUUGGCCUUCGAAGUAUUGUAUCAGUCCUGGAGCCAAAACAAGGGACAAGAUUUUCAAAACCAUGAAAGGCGACAAAAUAGUUCCAGACGUUGUAGACAGAUGUCCCGAAAAACUCGCAGAAGUCGCUUUCCCCAGCGGUGGUCAAGUCGACCUCGGCAAAGAGCUCACACCUUCCCAAACCAAGAACCCACCCAGCAUCUACUGGGAAGCCGACAAGAACUCCCUCUACACCCUUUGCAUGAUGGACCCGGACGCACCCAAAUCCAAAGAAUCGGGACCCGGAGGCUGGAACCACUGGCUCGUGGGGAAUAUUCCCGGGAAUAACAUACGUCAAGGUCAGACUCUGGCAGAGUACAUGCCAACGUGUCCACAGAAAGGCAGUGGACCCCACAGAUACACCUACAUGAUCUACAAACAAGCCAGACAGAUUAACUUCAAUCAACCUCGUAUACCUGCUUAUUCUCUGCCGGCUAGGCAAGGGUUUUCGAUGAGGAACUUUGCAAAGCAGUAUAGUUUGGGACACCCGAUAGCUGGGAACUACUUUAAGUGUAAUUGGGAUCCUUCGGUUCCGAAGACGUUCGAGAAACUUCGGUAUCAGCCGCCUAUGAUGAGUAGUUUUAGAUUGGGGAAUACUGGGCAAUCGUUCCAUAAUUCGUAUUCGUAUUCGUACAGUUUUGGAGGGUAAAUUUUUUAUUUUUAUACUAAUAAUAAAUAUGUGAAGCUUUAUUAUAAAUUAAUAUAUACGUUUUGGAGUUUC